CCCCUGCGCUCGGUUCAUACAGUAUAAGCGGUAAAUUGACAUGUCAGUUGCAGCGGCUAUAAGCUGCUUCGACAGAAUCAUUAGGGCGUGGUUAAUUUCGCUCUCUGCGUCGAGAGGAACAAACAGAACGGGAGCACUGUUCUCUCUCGGGUCAAUCUUAAACUUCGAUCGCAUCGAUCAAGUCUUAAAUAUAGAAAAGGGGGUUUCUUUGGGGGGUUGGGGUGGGGUGGAGUGGUGGUGGAGGGUGGAGAGCAUCUCUGCGAAGAACGAGAAAAUAAGGAUAAGAGGAAGCAGUACAAAGCGAUGGAUUGUGGGAUUGAAUUGAAGGGAUGUGUUUGCCGGAUCAAGAACUGUGCUACUGAGCUCUUCUCAAUGGAGGAGGAUUUGAUGAUUGAUGAUGAAGAGUCAUGGAACCUAGUUGGGAGGGACCUCCGGCUGAAGGCCACCUUCUUGUAUAUUGACCUCAGCCGUGUGAUCUCCUCCUGCGGAAGUGAUGAGUGCAAGAAGACGCUCACUCGCCUAGCCAACAAGUUCCUCUACUUCAUGGAUGAGUUGGAAGAUGCUGUGAAGAGCAGAAGCGUCCCCCUCAUGCAGAUGUGCUACAGUGACACAACCCAUGUUCUCCGGGAGGUGGUCGCCGCCCUUGUGCCGUCCCAUUAGUCUAGCCUUAGCCUUCAUGUUGUGUGAACUUGAAGAAGGAGAGGGAGAGAGCAAGAUCUGGGAGCUUCACAUUUCUUGGAAGCAAGAAAUGGCCCUAAAACUUGUACAAAUAGGAUAAGCUGGUGUGAGAGAAACGAGGCACAGAUUGCUUGCCUAUGUAAUGUACAUACCCUAAGAUGGGUUUAGAGUCGAAAGCAAACAACAUUAACAUUGUUAGCGUCUAUGCUUGUCCGGUUGUCCCCUGAGGCGUUGUUUGGUACCGUGAGGCUUGGUACUAGCCUAUUUUUAAGGCACGAGCGUAUUGGGAGAGGAUAAACUCUAGAAACACUCAAAAAAACAUUAGUGCCAAACAAAGUCUGAGGUGUUUUCCUGAA